CGGGGCCAUAGAUGCCGCUGACGUCAUCUAUGCGACAGAGGUCGGAGGGACAGGAAGUGGCGGCUGGAGGUGCCCUUAAUUAUCGCCAUGUCGGUUGUGCGCACCUCUGUUCACGCCAGAUGGAUUGUAGGAAAAGUGAUCGGAACAAAGAUGAAAAAGACGGCUAAAGUAAGGGUGACGAGGAUGGUGCUGGAUUCCUACUUGCUCAAGUACUACAACAAGAGGAAGACUUACUUUGCUCACGAUGCAGAGGAGAAGUGCACAGUAGGUGAUGUUGUGCUGCUGAAAGCCUUACCUGAAAGAAGAAGCAAGCACGUCACGCAUGAACUGUCUGAAAUAAUUUUUCAAGUCGGCAGAGUGGUCGACCCUCUAACCGGGAAGCUAUGUGCAGGCAGCAAAUUUCUGGAGAGUUUAGAGGACGUUAAUGUAGAUGAUCUGGAUAAGCAUCUCCAAAGUCUGCAAAUUUCAGCUGGAAUAAGUGAAGAGAAGAAAGCGGAUUCAUGAAGAAGUACAGCUCUUCUCUAUGGAAGCUUUGUGUAUUAUAAAUGUUACCUCAGACAGGAGUCAUUAAAGUUAUUGCCUUUUUU